CGCGGCAUACUUCUAAGCAUGCAAACAGAUAAUGCAGGCUUCACAUGCAGCAACCUAGAAAACGCAUAUCUUGAGGCUUACCGGUGCAAGUACCCAAAGCAUUCCGUCUAGAUAAUCUAAGGUGGUCUGAGACAUAUAAAUCCUACAUGUCUGCAAUGGAGAGCUUUGUCAAAGUAUUCAAUGAGUUUGAAAUCCAGCUACUUGUGCUCCUCAGCUUCACACUACAACUAUUCCUCUUCUUUGCUGGCAACCUACGGCGCAGUAGCAGCAACAGACUCUUAAGGCUCUCCCUCUGGGCAGCUUACUUGGGAGCAGACCUGGCAGCAGUUUAUGCACUCGGCUAUCUCUCACGGCACCAGCAGACCCAACAGCUGGUUUUCUUUUGGGCACCAUUCCUCCUCAUCCACCUUGGUGGGCAGGACACCAUUACUGCUUUUGCCUUGGAGGACAACAACUUGUGGCUGAGGCAUCUGUUGAAUCUGGUGACGCAAGUUACCCUAGCAUUAUAUGUUUUCUGGAAGUCCAUUGGAAGACACAAUAAUACAGAACUUCUAAUUUCUGGUACCUUUGCGUUUGUUGCUGGAAUGAUCAAGUAUGGAGAAAGAACAUGGUCUCUCAAGUUUGGCAGCAUUACAAGUCUUGAGAGCUCAGCUGCACACCGUUACAGAAAAGAACCGCCCCAAGGAACUGCUAGUGAUGUUGCCCCUUUUGUUGGUGAUGCUCUGGAAUCCAUGCCAUCUGUCCUUGAUGCCUUUUCCAAACGCACCUUGCGUGAACCUCUACGAGGCUUUGUAAACACAAUAGAUGACUGCGACCAAAUGAUCCGGAUGGUAAGGCUUCAGCUUGGCAUGAUGUAUGAUGAUCUCUACACUAAGGCUCCUGUGCUCAGGACUCGAACGGGAGUCAUCCUUCGAUGCAUCUCUGAGGCCUCUGUUAUUGUUGCUUUUGCGCUCUUCCAUGUAAGUGAGAAACAGAGAUACAGCAAAGCUGACAUUGCAAUCACCUAUUCACUAUUUGUCGGAUGCUUUUUCCUGGAUGUCUGUUCAAUGUUUAUUCCCAUGAUGUCACCAUGGACAUGGGCAUGGUUGAAGGCUCACAAAUGCCAUGCACUUGCCAGGUUGUCGUUGUUUGUUUUUUAUUGCGACAUUGGAUACCCUAAGAUGAAACUUCGGUGGCCAAAUUCCGUUGGACAGUACAACUUCCAUAGCUGGCGGUUGAGUACUGACAGCGACCUGCAGCCAAGGACAUGCACCCAACACAUAAUGAUCUUGCUCAGAAAGUUGUUUGUGGAUUUGUUCCGUGUUGAACAGAAGAAGUUGUUUUGGCUGAGCAAGAUACUAGACACUGAGUUUACGGAUGUGGAUAUCAUGAUUCUGGAGGGUGUCGCAGAAGAGCUUACUGAUCUAUUAAGCUCUGAACUCGAUAAUGCCAAAGAGUGGACACAUAUGGCCGCCCUGCUUUCUUGGUUGCAGGGACAUUUCGUUCUUGAUUUUGGUAUGGGUAUAAUCAGGAUGCAUUACGUCACUGAGACAUAUUUAAGAAAAUAUGCUUCUGAUUCGGACAUGAAGGCAAAUGCUGGUCUCAUGGAGGUAUGCCGGAAACUAUCGGAAUACAUGAUGUACCUUUUGGUUACCCACCCUUCCAUUCUACCGCUCUCCAUCAGUGCGGAAGCUGCCCUGGAUGGGUUUCGUACACUUGAACAAGCUGACAUGUACAGUGCUGGGUUGGAUCCAAGCAAGGAAACACUGGAGGAGUUAGCUCGCAUGUGGACGCGGCUACUUCUUUACGCGGCCGGCAAGUCGCAUCCGGGGAUGCAUGCAGCGCUGCUGAGCGGAGGAGGAGAGCUCAUCACAUUCGCCUGGCUACUCAUGGUCCACUAUGGGGUAGGGAAUUCAGGUAUUAUAGAGAUCCAACUUACCAACAAAGAUUUAGCUCAACAAGUGAACUUAGGUAGGUUCUAUGCUUUCUGUGUUCCUCCGGAACAACAAUCCGAUCCAUUCUUCGGUAAGCAACGCGCGCGAAAUCCAGUUACUGGGGGCUAAUAACAACCUAUCUGUUGGUGGCUAUGGGUGUGCUUCUGAUUUGCAUUGCAUGCUUUUCUUGUUUGUUGUGUGAUGAAAUAAGGCACCAUGUACAUCUUUGCUUAUUAUUUCCCACUGAUAUAUGUGUACGGACAUGUAAUAAUCAUUAAUUGUGCUAUUCAUUCAGUUGACAUCAA